UUGGCCACUUGGAUGAAGGCGGUGCUAGUGGUGCCUAAGCAGCAGGGCCUUGCCUUUGUGGUUGUAGAAAGAGAAGAUGGCUCCCGUUCUGGAGAAACAGCUCACGGGUGCAGCCGGGGCAGGCGACCAAAACAACGAAGAGGAAGAAGGACAAAACCUUUGGUCCUCAAUACUGAGUGAAGUCUCGACUAGAUCGAGUUCAAAGUUGCCAUCAGGGAAGAAUAUCCUGGUAUUUGGCGAGGAUGGAUCAGGAAAAACAACACUUAUGGCCAAACUUGAAGGAACUGAUCACAGCAAGAAAGGAAGGGGACUGGAGUAUCUGUACUUAAGUGUUCAUGAUGAGGACAGAGAUGACCAAACUCGCUGUAAUGUGUGGAUCCUAGAUGGGGAUGUAUACCACAAAGGCCUACUUAAGUUUGCCGUUUCAGCUCAGUCACUACUUGACUCUCUAGCAGUGUUUGUUGCUGAUAUGUCAAGACCCUGGACCAUUAUGGAGUCACUGCAAAAAUGGGCCAGUGUGCUACGUGACCAUGUGGACAAGCUCAAGAUCCCACCUGAGGACAGGAGGGAAAUGGAGCAGAAGAUGGUGAAAGCCUUCCAAGAGUACACAGAACCAGAGGAUGCCAACCCAUCCUCCCCACAGAGACGGGCUCCAACAGUAGGUGAAGAUGAGGCCGUUCUGCUACCACUUGGGGACAACAUACUCACAAACAACCUGGGCAUUCCAGUGCUAAUAGUUUGCACAAAGUGUGAUGCAGUCAGCGUACUAGAGAAGGAGCACGACUAUAGAGAGGAGCACUUCGAUUUCAUCCAGUCCCACAUCAGACGAUUUUGCUUACAGUAUGGUGCUGGCCUGAUCUAUACUUCAGUCAAAGAGGAGAAAAACCUGGAUCUGCUGUACAAAUAUAUAGUACAUAAGAUGUAUGACUUUCAGUUCACUACACCUGCCUUAGUGGUGGAGAAGGAUGCAGUGUUCAUUCCAGCUGGAUGGGAUAAUGACAAGAAAAUUGGGAUUUUGCACGAAAACCUCACAGCGGUCAGACCUGAAGAUCCAUUUGAAGAUUUUAUCACAAAGCCUCCAGUACGAAAGCUGGUUCAUGACAAAGAGAUAAAUGCAGAGGAUGAGCAGGUUUUCCUGAUGAAGCAACAGUCUUUGUUAGCGAAGCAGCCAGCCACGCCAACAAGAGGACCAACAGAGUCUCCAGGACGACCAGCCUCUGUGUCUCCCAGGCCUGCGGGUCGCGCUGGCCAACCCACCGUGACCAGUGGCUCACCAAUGACUGCUGUCAAAAAGCCUGACCCUAACAUGAAAGCAGGGGCUGCCAAUGAGGGAGUGCUGGCUAACUUCUUCAACAGUCUGUUGAGUAAAAAGACUGGAGCUCCUGGGAGCCCCGGAACUGGAGCAGUGGGAGCUGGAGUGCAAGGGUCUGCCAAGAAAACAGGGCAGAAGCCGGGUUUGACUGAUGUCCAGGCUGAGUUGGACAGGAUGACUCGCAAGCAAGACUCCAUGGUUUCAGCUAACAACAUCCCACCGCCAACAGAGAACGAAGCGUGAAGACAACAAAAAAGGCUGCAUCAUCCACUGCUUAAUACUCUGGAAAAAUACAUGUACAUGUGAGCAUAAGAAAUGACCAAAUUCCCUAUGUCUGUAUCAGUCAGCACACAGUGGUUUCACCAAAACGAGUUUCAAAUGCUAUCAGAUAUUUUGGUGAGAUGGGAAGAGAGAGACAACAGAGGUAGAGGUGUUCAUGUGAUAAGUGCUGAGGGCUUGGCUUUAUUUCUGUCCUCUCUUCCACUGUAAAUGUUAUGUUGUGAGGGAUGUCAGUUUAUGAAAAUGUGUGCACACUCCCUGGCAACCAGCCUAAUGUGCUGGGCUGUGGGUCCCCCCAGUUAGUGGGGUAAAAAAACCCUUUCCUCAUGGGUUUAAAGAGUGGAAAUAUACCAGUCCUGUAGCCUGUGGUUCAGCUAAUGUCAUGGAUGGAAUCUGGUUGUGAUUGGGAAGGUAUUUAAACUUUGAAUAUAUUCAUUUCGAACAUUAAUAAAAAUACUUGCAAGCUUAUGAAGUAUGUAAAAAACAAAAACAAAAAGUUGGAUAUGAUAUUGAUGUAUUUAUACAAAGUUCCUCCUUUUUGUUUUAUUUUGUGCACCAUUUUAUUGGUUUAAGGAAACCUGUGUCGCAUAACGUGUUCAAAUGCCACUGAUGUCAUAACACUAAUAUGACGAGUCCUGAUAGCUGACAGCAUAUCAUAUCAUUUGCCCUAGUCAUCUCAAAAGAUUCUGUAAAUAUAAAUGCAAAAAAAUCUAUUCAGGUUACCUGGGAUUUUGUAUAAAAUGCAGUUCUGUCCAAAUUCUGAAAAUGGCUUCUGUGGCUAAAUGAGGCUGGGAUUUGACAGGCUUAAAGGUUGCAAUAGAUUUGCUUCUUUAGCUACAGGUGUGUAUAUUUGGGGAGGGGGCUGGGCAGCAUCUUUCCUACUAUAACUCCUAAGUGCCUCGCACAGUUAACUGUUUGUGUCAUAGUAGAGGUGCUUGUCUACAUAAGAAGAAAUGCACUGUAGCACCGUUGGUUAAAAGGUUUUUGUCCAGUUCUUGUCAUCCAAAUAAUUUAUUUUUUGUUUUUGUUAAUGUACAACAAACACCUGUGGUCUCUCUCUUUCUUUUUUUGUUUUUGUUUUGUUAAAGAUUUCUGUGCCCCAUUUGAUAGUGUUAAUAGAGCGAGAUUGAAUGCCUUCAUGCAAACUGCAAAGGCUGCUGAUAUUAAGAGGAAACCACAUGAUGGAUUUUUUUUGGGGUACCCCAAAUGAACACUUUUUGUGACUGAAACCACUCACUUUGCAGCCAAAGCACACAAUGACUUACUGUUUCUGAGAUAGUUUGACAGCACCGUCUUCCUUUAGGUCCACAUGUUUUAGUCACCCUGUGCUUUACAUGUCAUUUAAAACAUUCCCAGUUUCUACAUGAAGUAGCUGUAGAAACACACCGCUGUUGGAAACCUGUUUGUCCAGUCAGGUCUUUUUUUGUUCAGUCUCUUUCAGCGCCCAUUUAAAAUCACGACCUUUGCCUUCAAUGUAAAGCUCACAGUUUGUCACAGUGGGCGCCAUGCCUUCACAGGAAUGCUCCUAAUGUGUGUCCUUAAGGGGUUGCUUAAUUGUCCUUUAUAAUUUUUGUUUUCUAAUUGAAAACAUUAUAGUGUACCGUAUCAGAUAAGUUGUUAUAUUUAUGGUUUCAUGAAACCAUAAUCUAAACAAGUUCAUUAAGCGUGAUCAUUUUUCAAGUCGGUGUUUAAGACCUUACUUAAUCCUAUGGAUAGUAUACAUCUGUAGCUUUCACAGGAUUAGUUGCAAGUGUGAAGAGAACAGCUAUUUGUUGUUCAAAUGACGAUAGCAAGGAAGGGAAACUGGAGUGAAUUGGGACAUGGAACCAAAGAUGCAUAGUAGUUACUAUUUUCAGCUUUUAUAGUUGGUCGUCAUCCACAGGAUUAACCAGUGGCCAUGUUUGGGCCUACUCUACUCAUGGAGCCAUUCCACACUUAAGGGACGCUUGUAAACUUUUUUCACUAAUGCCCUGUUAAAAUGGUAGAGAUGUCGUGCACCACUCAAACAUAUUUGGGGUUUCAAGAGUCAAAGAGGGGGAAAAAAGCCGUAAUUGUGUUAUAGUGGAUUAUGGUAAAUUCUCUAAACUAGUCUACAAAUCCAAUGCGGUUGCAGGGUUUGCUUCAUUUUCUAAACCAUUUGCUCUGUAAGGGAAUAACCACAAGACCAUGUAGGUGUACAGCCUAUGCAUGAUUUGCUUUGUUGUCAAAAUGAUGCUACUCAGCUGUUCUGGAUUACAUUCUGAGUAAAAGGGUUUUAUUGUUUUUAUUUUUCAUCAUUUCUCCUUUUUCCUGUGACUGAGUUGAAUGUGCACCCGAGGGUCCGUUGCCGAAGCGGAUGAAGCACAAUUUAAGAACAGCCACAUGUUGAAAUAAGCACUUUUCUUUGGACAUUUGUAACAGUUCCCUGUUGCUAUGGUUUAAGAUAAAGAAUGCACAUUUUUCUUUUUGCCUUGCCUUUUUAAGAACAUUUAAUAAUGACCUGAGAAGUUAACCUACACCGUAAAACUGCAUUAUUUAUCUGCAUUUGCUGCUUAAAUUAUGGAAAGUACCCCUGUGUGUUCACAAUGGAUUUAAUUCCUUUCCGGUGGUGAGAUUGUAAAAUGAAUAUCACUCUUAUAGAAAUCACUGUCAUUACAGUUUUGGUAGGGAUAUUUCUGGGGACAUCUUGAAGCAGAUAAACGUUUUGCCCAUGAAACCGGUUUCUGUUCACAUCCUACUUAGCAUGUUUUAUUUUUG